AUGUCCGAGCACUCUUUCGAGCCAUUGAAGAACGACCUGCUGCUGCGAGCGGCACGGGGCCAGGUCGUGGAACGACCUCCCAUGUGGGUGAUGCGCCAAGCUGGCCGCUACCUGCCGGAGUAUCAUGAAGCCAAAGGCUCCCGCGACUUUUUCGAAUGCUGCCGAGACGCCGAGGUCGCCUCCACCUUGACGCUGCAGCCGGUUGAGCGAUUCGAGGGCCUUCUGGACGCCGCCAUCAUCUUCUCCGACAUCCUCGUCAUUCCCCAGGCCAUGGGCAUGCAGGUCGAGAUGCUGGACAAGAAGGGGCCUCACUUCCCUAACCCGCUCCAGAACCCGUUGGACGGGCAGUACGAGAAGGUUCUCAACGGCAAGGUCGAUGUGGCCGCCGAGCUCGACUACGUCUACAAGGCGAUUACCCUUACGAGGAAGAAGCUGGCCGGCAGAGUGCCGCUGAUUGGAUUCUGUGGUGCUCCUUGGACGCUUUUCUGCUACAUGGUUGAGGGAGGCGGCACGAAGCUGUUCGCUCAGGUCAAGACUUGGAUUUACAAGUACCCAGAGGAAUCGAAGAAACUAUUGGCUAAGAUCGCCGACGUCUGUGUGGACCAUCUGGCACACCAGGUAAAGGCUGGAGCUCAGUUGGUUAUGGUGUUCGACUCAUGGGCUGGAGAGUUGGGUCCUGCUUCGUUCAAGCAGUUCUCUGAGCCCUACCUCGCUCACAUUGCUCAGAAGCUUCCCCUGAAGCUGCAAGAGCUAGGACUUGAAAAAGUACCCAUGACGGUGUUCCCCAAGGGCGCUUGGUUCGCUCUCGACUCAGCGUGCAAUCUGGGCUACAACGUUGUCGGCAUGGACUGGCUGCAGGAUCCUACCGAAGCCGUGCGGAUUCGAGGAGACCGAAAUAUUGUUUUCCAAGGCAACGCCGACCCCGGAGUCCUGUAUGGCACAAAGGCGGCCAUCACCGAGGCUGUUGAGACGAUGGUCAAGGGUUUCUGGUCUGGCGAAAAGAAAGGCUGGAUUGCAAACUUGGGACAUGGUAUUACGCCAGGUGUAAACCCGGAUAACCUGAAGUUCUUCUUUGAGGAAAUUCACCGACUGACAAAACCUUGA